AUGAAAGAAAGUUCAAACGCCUACUGCUUGAUACCACCAGAAGUAGUCGUUGUUGCCUGCUCCUGGGCGUUGGUGGUGUACGAGUGUCUGUCGGAGUGGGGUCAGAUCCUGUGUGCCAUAUGUCCAAACCUGAAGCUGGUCAUCACCGGGGGAACCAGCACCGCCAUCUGUGUGUGGGAGACAGGGACCUCCAAGGAGAGGGCCAAGGCCCUCACUCUCAAACAGGCGUUGCUGGGCCACACAGACGCUGUGACGUGUCUGACGGCGUCCUCGGCGUACCACAUCGUGGUCAGCGGCUCCCGAGAUCGAACCUGCAUCAUCUGGGACCUCAACAAGCUUUCCUUCGUCACGCAGCUCAGGGGACACCGGGCGCCCGUCUCUGCUCUGUGUAUCAACGAACUGACGGGGGACAUUGUGUCCUGUGCAGGGACACACAUUCACGUGUGGAGCAUCAACGGCAGCCCCAUCGCCAGCGCCAACACCUUCACGGGGCGCAGCCAGCAGAUCCUGUGCUGCUGCGUGUCCGAGAUGAACGAGUGGGACACGCAGAACGUCAUCGUCACCGGACACUCGGACGGCGUUGUCAGGUUUUGGAGAAUGGAGUUCCUCCAGGUCCCAGAAACCCCUGCUCCACAGCCAGUAGAGCCAGAUGUGCCUGACUGCUGUGCUGACGAGAAGAUUGAAGGUGGCGUCAGUCAAAAUGGUGAGGAGGACAGCAGCGAGUCGGAUGGAGACGAGCCGAGCCUGAGUCAGGAGCCCAAAGCCCCUCACAACCCCUCGGCAGGGGGCAGCCAACCAGUCAGCGCCGUCCACAGACCCAGAGGUCCUCCAGCCCGCCCCGGAGCCUCGUGGUCGAUGGACAGCAGCUCCGACGACUCCCACCGCUGGUCCGACAGCCUCAGCGUCGACGAGAAGGACGGCUUCGUGUUCGUCAACUACUCCGAAGGCCAAACUAAAGUCCCUCACCCAGGCCAGGGCUCAGUGCCGCAGCCUCUGCAUCCUUCCUCCAUGGACCCACGGGCGUUCAACCAGCUCAGGACCGGCUACAGAUGGGAGCGCCAGCUGGUGUUCCGGAGCAAGCUCACCAUGCACACGGCGUUCGAUCGCAAGGACAACGCCCAGCCAGCCGAGAUCACAUCCCUCGCCAUCUCCAAGGACCACAGUAAGAUCCCUGGUGGGGGACGGGCGCGGUCGGGUCUUCAGCUGGUCGGUGAGCGAGCAGCCGGGCCGCUCGGCAGCAGACCACUGGGUGAAGGACGAGGUGGUGGACAGCUGCUCCGGCUGCACCGUGCGCUUCUCCCUCACCGAGCGGCGCCACCACUGCAGGAACUGUGGACAGCUCUUCUGUCAGAAGUGCAGUCGCUUCCAGUCGGAGAUCAAGAGGCUGAAGAUCUCGUCUCCGGUGCGGGUUUGUCAGAACUGUUACUACAACCUUCAGCACGAGCGAAGCGCCGAGGACGGCUGCAGAAACUGAGCUCCACCUCCAGGAAUCUCCUCUUCCUCCUCCCCCAUGUCCCACAACGCUCUCCCUCCAGCCCACUCACCCUUUAUCCUCUUGUACGUCCAGUAACACGUGCACAGUAACGCACUGACAGACAGAAACAGGAGCGAAUGUCGGCGGUCUCGCGUAGGGGGUGGGAAAAAAACAUCUGAUCAAAAGGAAAGGAAAAAGAAAAUCCCCACUUUGACGACCUACACACCUGGAGGAAGAAAAAAAACAAAAGCAAAAACACCUUUGAUGUGGCGCGCUUCAAACAAUCACCCGCCUUUUUUGCUUUGAUCAAGAACCCGUUCCUCUUUCACCGCGAGACGUAACAAACUUGUUUAUAUUGUAAAUAAUAACCAUGGCCUUUUUAACUCUAAGAAGAGCAAACAGAACAAAAAAUAAGGUCAAAGAGUUAAAAGAAAUUGCUUGUAACAUAGCGUUGUGACUAACCACUCCUGGCUUUAAAAAAAAAGUAACUAAAUGGAUUGUGUGUAGUCACGGCGAGGCCAGAGCGAAGGAUAUGAAUGUCAAUAAUUAAUUUCUGUGACUUUACUAGUGGGACUAGGUAUGCAACAUUUUUUUAAUUUCUUUAUCAAUUUUUGUUGUUGUUUACAAAUUGUAUUUUUAUGUGUUGCCCACAGUGUCAAGCCAUCGCCAUCACAGAAAGAUUUCAUAUCGUUUUUGUUGCCAAUUUCUUUCAAUUUUGAUGAUUUUUCUUUUGAUCAUCUAUUCUGUCCUUUAUAUGAAUUCCCAAUUGGAGAAUUUUGAUUGUUGCUGCUGUCUGAAGACUGGACACGUUAUCAUUUCAGAUUUUAUUUUAAAACCAUAUCACUGCGUUUCAAUUAUUUUUCUUUUGUAGAAAACACAAUUGAAGAUAUGAAUAAGUUCCCGUGAUAUUUAUUUUCCAUCUCGGUUUUUCCUAGUUAAUUCUUAAAUUGCACAUGAAAAAGGGAUUUUCUUUUGAGUGUUUCUUGCUGUUAUCCUCGUGUUGGCAUUAUUACAGUAAACGUGGCACUCCACACACUUUAUUCUCAGUCCUUGGUCGAAAUGUUUAAAUUGCAUUAGCAGCAGCCGCGCACCUUUCAAUGAGUUUAUUCAGUACAAACAGAAAUGAUUAUAUACUUUGGAGUACAAACACCCCAGGCCGGAAAUACAAAAUAUCUCUAAGGUGUUUUGUCUAAAAAGUAAAUGCUUUUAUAUUUGAUCAAUAAUGUAUCCUGAUUUGGUUUCAUUAUCAACGCAAUUUAUGUACUUUAAUUUCAUUUAAAGCCUAGAGGAAUUCAUCAUGUACAAUGGCCACUGUUUAACAAUUUACAAGAUGUUUUUUCGUACAUUUCUGAAAUCAUGAUCUCGUAUGAUAUUUGAGGUUUUUUAACGCAAUAUUCACGAAAAAAAUCUGAUAUUGUUCAUUCAUAUUGGAAGGGAAAAAUGAUAACAUGGGUAAAGGAAAGAACAUCUGUAAAACCUUUUAUUUUAUAUUCUGAUGCCGUUCAUUUUUGUUCGUACAAAAAUGUAUUUUUUGCCAAAAAGUCGCCAAAGUGAGAUAUUUUCAAAUUCAAGCAUAUUUUCUUUUGAUGUUAAACAACAGCCAGAACAACAGUAAAGACAUGUUGAUUCAACAGUAAAAUAUUCCAUAAAAUAAACAAUGUUUGGGACUGAUUGACCCCCAUACAAGGUCACCGUGUUGACCACUAAAUAUCAAAAGUCUUUCUGAUGUUUAAUAUGACUUUUAUUUACAUGAGCUUGAAUUAAACAACAGAAAACUGAAUUUGUUAGGCUUACAGGUGGCUCAUGUUCCACCAUAAAACACAAAUUUGACUGCUUGAUGGCUGCUGCUGCUGCUGGGUUUAAUAUUUGGACAUUUAGAAAGUGUUUUUGUUUUUAUAUUAAGUAUUCAUAUAGUUUCUCCUCUCUCCAUGUUGUUUUCGUAGUUCUGUGGGCAACAACUGUGCAUUCAAGUGCUGCUUUCUUUGCAUUUCCUUUUUGUUUUCCACACAGCAUCUCAAACAUCUAAAAAGAAAAGAAAAAGAAAACACUUUAAUAUUCACCACCACGGCUCCAUGUUGUUCUAAUAAUCAUAUGCACUCUUGUUAUUGUCUUUAUAUCAUUCUGCAUUGACGUACUGUUAUUUAGCGUGCAAUCAUGCCACCUAGCUGAAAAAGGCCCAGUAGCCUUUUAUCAAUCAAGAGUCCCUUUGCACCUUCACUUGUACAAAAAAAGUCAAGAGGAAUUACAGGUUUUUAUUAAAUGCAGUUUUACGUUGUUAUUUUAAGAGAAAGGUGAAUUUCACAAUGAACUGUACAAAGUAUUUAUGCAAUUAUAACUGGUUUUAGAUUUUUUUUUUUAUGAUUAUUGCGAUUUCAGCAAGUUUGGUUACUUGUUGCAUGUCUAUUAACACAGCUGACUUUCUGUGUCAGUGCAUUGUAAAUGUUCUCGGCAUUAUCAUUUUGUUGGUUUUUAUUCUUUUAUGGAUUUUUUGGAGGCAUUGUCUGAUGAGUUGUGGGUGUACUUUUGUACUCUUUAUGGAAAGAAUUCAGGACAAAUGAGAGAAGAAGAAGAAAGAGAAAAAAGUGGAAGUCUUUGGACUAUUUUGGUGGUCCUGUAUUAGACUGCAUUACUACAGUAUCUGGUGUGCAAUCUGUGCUAGCUGAAUGUUCCUUGUAUAUUUGUGUUCACUUCAUCCUACAGGACGGAAAUCAGUAGAGUAACCUCCCCCCCCCCUCCUUACAGCAACAAAAUGUUACAUAAU